AAAAUUCCGAGCGAAAAUUGCAUAAGUUUUGAAAAAUCUAAAUCAAAGUAGCCGAGCGGUGCUCUAUCGCUCCCUGAACACAUACUAAAUUUACGUGGUUGCAUGAAAUCCUUCGCUUUUCGGCCGACCUCAGAACAAAAACAGAAUCAAGAUGUUCUCCAGCUUCUUUGAAACUGCCCGGAACUCGCCAUUCCGCACCCCCCUGUCGGUGGCAAGAUGCGAUGCCGCCGCCCCAGUUGUGGAUCCCCAGCCGGUUGAGGGUCGCCAGAUCGCCGCCGCCGCUACUCCGGUGGCCAACCAGCAGGAUUCGUGCGAAUUCGGCAGCACCAAGUACUUCGCUCUGUGCGGAAUUGGUGGCAUCCUCAGCUGCGGCACCACCCACACCUUCGUGGUCCCACUGGAUCUGGUAAAGUGCCGUCUGCAGGUCGACCAGGCCAAGUACAAGAAUCUGGUGCACGGAUUCAAGGUCACCGUGGCGGAGGAGGGCGCCCGCGGACUGGCUAAGGGCUGGUUCCCCACCCUGCUCGGCUACUCGGCACAGGGUCUCUGCAAGUUCGGUCUGUACGAGUUGUUCAAGGUGAAGUACGCCGAUAUCAUUGGCGAGGAGAACGCCUACCUGUACCGCACCUCCUUGUAUCUGGCUGCUUCCGCUUCGGCCGAGUUCUUCGCCGAUAUCGCUCUGGCGCCGUUCGAGGCCGCCAAGGUGAAGAUCCAGACUAUUCCCGGAUUCGCCAACAACUUCCGCGAGGCAGUGCCCAAGAUGCUGAAGGAGGAGGGCGUCAAUGCCUUCUACAAGGGUCUGGUUCCCCUGUGGAUGCGACAGAUCCCCUACACCAUGAUGAAGUUCGCUUGCUUCGAGCGCACCGUGGAGUUGCUCUACAAGUAUGUAGUGCCCAAGCCCCGUGCCGACUGCACCAAGGGCGAGCAGCUGAUCGUGACCUUCGCUGCUGGCUACAUCGCCGGUGUGUUCUGCGCCGUGGUGUCGCAUCCCGCUGACGUGGUGGUGUCCAAGCUGAACCAGUCCAAGGGAGCCAGCGCCAUCAGCGUGGCCAAGUCGCUGGGCUUCAGUGGCAUGUGGAACGGAUUGACUCCUCGUAUUAUCAUGAUCGGUACCCUGACCGCUCUGCAGUGGUUCAUCUACGAUGGUGUGAAGGUCGCCCUCGGCAUUCCCCGCCCACCACCACCAGAGAUGCCCGCUAGCCUGAAGGCCAAGCAGCAUUAAGUUGGUUAGUCCAAUCGGUUACCUUAAGGCCAGAGUUCACUAGUUGGAGCGAUUGUGGGCAGACCCAGGAGCAACAUACUUUUACUUUCUAACGAAUUUCGAUUUCAGUAUAGCAAAAAUGCUUUAUACUUGUUUCUCAGCAAG